AUGGUAAAAGUGAUGAGGAGAGGAGGGGUAGGGGAGGCAGGCCCAGCAGGUGACUUGGGACGAAUUCCCCUCUCCCGGCAGGGUGGCUCCCUGGGCAAAGGCACGUCACUGAAAGGUGGUUCCGAUGCCGACCUCGUGGUGUUCCUCAGCUGCUUCAAAGGGUACAGCGAUCAGGAGACGAUCCGGGCAGUGAUCAUCAAGGAGAUCAAGAGGAUGCUGGAGAAGUGCCAGCAGCAGAAGCAGUUUGAGGUGUCAAUUAAGCAGUCCCGGUGGCCGAACCCCCGUGUGCUGAGCUUCAUGAUGAGUUCCAAGAUGCUCGAUGAAUCCAUAGAGUUUGACAUGCUGCCAGCCUGCAACGCCCUGUCCUCGGGUGCCAAGCCUGACUCCCAGGUGUACAAGGAGCUGAUCACAGCUACUCCCAGGGGGGGCGAGUUCUCUACCUGCUUCACUGAGCUGCAGCGGGAUUUCGUGGUGGAUCGCCGCACCAAAGUGAAAAGCCUGAUCCGCCUGGUGAAAUACUGGUACAAGCAGAGUACCUGGAAGCGGGGGAGUCCCUGCCCCCCUCAGUAUGCGCUGGAGCUCCUGUCUGUCUACGCCUGGGAGCAGGGCAGCAGGGAUCGAGCCUUCGACAUGGCCAAGGGCUUCCGGACGGUGCUGGAGCUGAGCCGGCAUUACAAGAAGCUCUGUGUCUAUUGGACCAUCAACUACAACUUUGCGGACAAGCUCCUGGAACGAUUCUUGCACCGUCAGCUCCAGAAAGACAGAUCAGUUUCCCUCCGCAUCAUGCCCCACACACCCCACUCCUGCUCCGGGCCCCUGGGGUGGUCCUGUUCAGGUCCGCACUGGGAGCGGCUGGUGGGACCAUGAAACCAGCAGCAUGGUGUGUGGACGUGACUAGUGUGCUCAGGGCUCAGUCCAGGCAGAGCAGGGAGCUCAGGGUGGGAGAUGCAGCCUGGUGCUC